AUGUUCACUCUAUUGUGUUGUGCAGAUUUGGUGGGCGAUAAGGUGAAUCUCGAAAUCACCCUAGACGCCUUUCCGGCAACGGUGCAGCGCCUGGAGGCUGACAUUGUUCGCAUUUUUAAUCGCGAAGUGGAGCAAUUGUCUGCACUGCAGAAUAGCACAAGUGUGACGGAACCCUUUCAAGUAAUGAGUAUCUUCAUCUACGAUGAUGUGCUGCUACGCUGGACAAAGCUCAAAUCAGUGGCACAGCUUCACGAGUACGACCAGUUGUAUGUCUUCCAACCACAAACGCAAUGGCACGUCGACGUGCAGAAAGACUUGCCACCCCCACGACCACCAGUGCGCAGUCGAGCAUCCUCCCUCAUCGAGACCUCAGCGGUGUUUACUUCGCUGCACGGCAAACCCAGUGCGUCUUCUACGUGGCCAAGUAGCGGUGCGAACGCGCAAGUUUCUGCAGCUGCAGCUGUCGACACUCCACACCCACCUGUUUCGGCACGCUCACCGUUGCGAGCACAGUUAGAGGAGCAUCGCCGCGAGGAGGAGCGACUGGCGCACCGUUUGUCGACCGUUCGGAGUGAGCGGGAGCGUCUAGAGCGUGAGGCGCAGCGGGAGGAGGAAGAUGAACGUCGCCGGCGCGCUGUUGAAACGGAUCGCUUGCUGAAGCGCAAGGAAGAAGAGAUCUGGUCUCAGCGGAGCGCAUUAGCGAGAGCGGAGGCGGAGUUCCGACAGUUUCUGGCGGAAAAGCAGCGAUUGAUGGGCCAUUCCCCAACACUUUGA